UCAAGAAUAAUCGUUAUAUUUGUGGAUGAUUGUAUACAAAAGCGACUGAUGCAUCCAUCCAGAGUAUUGAUUAUGGAUGCAGUAUACUAAUUUGUACACUGCAGGUACAGUCCAUAGACCUAUGCUAAUAGAUCAUUUACAGCCCUUUGUCAAUCCACUCGUGGAUAAAGGCCCUCCUACACCGUGCUGGUAAUGGAAAUUGUUUGACCAUACUCACGUAUGAGAUACUGUAAAUAAUGUUUAUUGUGUAUGCAGUAUAUUGCAGGUAUAUGCCAUAUAUGGUCGAAUUUAUGCUUUAGAAAUUGGUAUUUAAAGUAAGCACCGACUAAGUGUGCAGCCUUUAAAAAUUAUCUGGUUCCAUGCUUACGUAAUUAGUUUUAUGUGAACUGACGCUCCGCUGCUGUGGGAAUGUGGACUUGUCACCACUUGCUCAGAACUACUGAUAUAGAUGAGCACGGCUUGUUUGAGCAGGAGUGACCACGUUCACGUUAAAUGGCAUUUUAGUGCGUAUGGAUUGCAGUAACAGAUUGAGGCAAUGAGAUAGAGUAUCACAGAACUGCAAUUUCUUUAAAAAAUGAUUUAUUUCACUCACUUGCAGAAUGGACAAAGAGGUGAACUAUGAAGACGAGUUUAUCAGCCACACGAAACGUAAAAGACGAAGACUGGAGGUUGCAACCGAUCACCAUGGUUGCUGUGAGGUGACCUGCAGAACAGAUUCACACGGCUCCAGCCUUCCAAAAGCUGAACCCCCCAAAGACUCUAAGACAGUUGAAAUGUGUGAAAUAGUUAAAACUACAAAUUUUAUGGGGAAAAUAAGUCAAGCUGUGAAACUGUGCAAGCACAUGACUGAAGAACCUUGUGACACUGUUAAGUUCUGGCCUGGCCGCAGCACUGCAACUAUGCCUGAAGAUACCAGGCAAAUGUUGCACAUUUGCAAUAUAAUUUAUAAGCACUAUAUAGAGGCAAGCGGAGAGAAACGUUUACAAGACAACAACGGCACACAGUCUAGUCACAUAAUUUGGAACCUACCUGAAACAAAUGAGUUGCCAGAAGUGAAAUGUAAAAUAGAAGCAGUACAUGAUGAAACACAAACAAAAUACGAGGGUCAAAUAGAUGCAUCCACUGAAAGUAUCAUAAACAGUUACUUCACACAGGGUGGUGUAAGUGUUUUACAACUUUCUGAAAAAGCAAACGAUAAUGCAAAGGACAAAAUGUUUUCCAGUAAAGAAGGAACUGAUAAUAUAAAUAUUGCUGACGAAAAUUACAGCAAAAGUUGUUGCCUGCUUGACAGCACAGAUAUUUGUACAGCAUCGCAGGAGCCAAGGGUACCCACAAUUUCACCGCAAAACCUAAUUUCUACAUCAUCUGUUAAUAUGGAAACCAACGCAGUUACCAAUGGAUCAAACCAGAACCAAAGUGGCAAGGAAGCCCAAAUGAAUGGACUUGAUCGUGUCAACAAAACACAUCAAGUGGAUGAUGAAAAAGUGUGCAAACAGCUACAUGAGAAAUCUGCUAAUGCUGCUGCAAUCAGUUCAGUUAGCUUACCUACGUCUGAAACACAUAUGGGUAUUACCGAUAUACAGAAAAUAAGUUAUAUUAAAUACACAGAAGACCAAGACAAACCUAUUCAAGAACUUGGUCAGCUUAAAGUGGAAUUGCCAUCAAAUCUCAGUGAACGAUACUGCAGUCAAGAAAACAUAUUUAUUCCAUCAUGUAACGUGACUCGUGUUCCAAUUCUCACUCUAAAUUUUGAGAAAAAUAAUGCUCAUUUAUCAAACACUGUGGAGCAAGAAAACAUCUUGGUCACCAGCAAAAGCCAUGAUGUAACUACUUCAAACAAUAACAGCAACUCUCUCUCUGAAAGCAUUGAUGAUAUAAGUGUGGCUGAACAAAAUGAUAUAAACUUAAAACCCAUCACAAUAGACCUCUGUAAAUAUGGCAAUAUCGACGAAACUCAUGAAGGUGUGGACUGCAGUGUGAGUUCCGGUUAUUCAACAGGCAACAUUUAUGUGAGUAAAACAUCACCAUACUUGGUUAAUGAAAACAACAUACAAUGUGAGUUUGUGAAUAUAAAUGCAUUAAUAAAUAAAACAUCAAGUUUUUACCGUAUCACGAAAUUAAACGGCGGAUGUAUCAAUGCAAAUUUAAACCCAUGGCAUCUCGUAGGUGACCACUUCGUCAUGCACAACGCUCAAGAUUUAAACUCAGAUUUUGUAUUUGCACAGGUUUCCCACAAAGCAGCUAUAUGUGCUGAAGAAUGUGAAGGAGAGAUCUGCCAUGAGUCCAACCACGCUAAAUUACUCACUCUGAGUAAUAAGGAACUUAACAAUGUGAGUGUGACGCACAUUGUCCAGAACAAGAGUGUUGCUAUCCAAAGUAGUAAGUGUUUACCUGACUUAAACUUAAAAAGCAUAUGCAGUUCCUGUGUAAGAAAUGUCCCUUUCAGUGAUCAAAGUAAACUUUACAAAGUAGAUCCUGAAGAUAUGACUUCAUGUCAAGUGGUAUGUGUGAAAGAUAAAUUAGCUAUAUCUUAUGCAAGAAAAUUCAGAGAUGUGGAUGAUAGAAACACAACUGGAAGACAAAGAGAAAUGCCCAUUCAAGUGUUAACAUCGGGUACAAACACUCAGACUUUUUUGGAAACCAAAGAAGCAGUACAAGAACAAGACGGUGGGAGCACAAGAUAUGCUUUUGUGAAACGCAACGAUCACAGCAAAAACAUUCUCUUAUCCGGUGUAGAUAGAAAUGAAACGGAUCCAAUUAAUAGUGCAAAAUAUGUUGAUUAUUUAAACCAAGAGCGCCAUGAAGUGUAUUUAGUCCAAAAACAAAAUUCCACAAAGAGUAUCAUUUCAGAUGGAGAAAUCGAACCCAGUGAUGUGAAUGAGGUUUACAGUGAUCAUAUAGACAACACAGAAGUGAACACACAUGCAUCAGAUUUAAAAUUGAAAAACAAGAACAUUAAAAGAAUUGGGUUUGGAAAUUUGUGCUUGUCAUAUCAACUUGAUGACAAUCGUAAAGAUGAAUCCUGUAUUUAUGAAUACAACACUAAAAUAAUAAACGAUUAUAAUUUCACAAGGCAUACAGAUAUUACCAAUCUGUCAAUAAAUUAUACGAAUAACAACAUAUUUUCAACUGGCAGUAUCAUUAGAGGGAGUGACUCGGAGGCAAAAGGCAUGACAGAACCUGGCUUACAGCAUACACCACACGCUAGAACCGAUUGGAUACAGUUACACCCCGAUGAUUCAUUAGAAGUGAGGGAAGCGUUUAUUUUGGACAAAAUGAAGGCGCACACUAAUGAAGAAAUACCCCAGAUUGUUCCAUACCAUAAUUCUCCUUUGGAAACUCCCAGUGCACCAAUAAAUGAUGCAGCAUCAAACCAUGAACAUAUUGUACCAAGCAAUGAUUCUGAGUGUUCAGAAACUCUUUGUGCACCAGCAAACAAUGCAGAGUCGAACCAAUAUUCACCAAUCAACAUGCGUUUUAUUAACCCUGAUACAAAAGAAUGCAUGAAUGAAAAUGGAAAAAAUGACAAGUGCAACAAUACCUUAAGAAUGGACCCUCCCAUUAUAAAAUGCAAGUUACCAAUAGAUGAAUGCGAUCAUCUGGGCAAAACACAACCGUGCUGUCAGUGUAAGAAAUUAUUUAAUGUUGUAAUUGAAGAGCUGAAACAUUUUCAUGAAGCGAACAAUGAAAUGCAGAGUAAUGAAUCCGAGCAAGCAUCCGCAGCAACCACAGAAGAUGCAUCUUUUAUUGAUGCCACUCGUAGUUACUCAAUAACAGCAGAGUGCAGCCGUGUCCAACAGCCAGAAGCCACCCUGCCAGACGUAGAGCAUUUUGGCUUGGACAGGAAACCCAGAGCCACCGUUUCUACAGUGUCACCGCUGACAUGUGAUCUGUCCGGACAGGAAGAUGAUGAAAGUAAUGUGUUCUCUCCUAUCAAAGGAGAUCAAUGGAAAUCAGCAUUUUCCUUUACAUCACCUGCAUAUGAUGAUCAUCAACAGCCUUUUUGUACAGGAACUUUGCCAAAAGAAGAUGUACCGGUGGAUAAAGUUGCUCCGCUAAAAACUUGCACUGGACUCCGCCGACUAGGCUUAUCCAAAUAUGCAAAAGUAAAACGGCUGCAUCCAUACCUUAACUAAUAUUAUUCUAUACUUUACACUCCCUUUAGUGGCUCUAGACCCAGAUUAAUAUUUUCCGCAUUCCAUAUAUUGUGAGUGACGAGCAGACCUGUUUUCAAAUGCUCUUGCUGUGUAAAGUUUAGGACAUUCUCGGACAGAUCAUUUUCUCCCAUGGGCUAGAAUUGCACAGCAUUUACUGGAUGUACAAUUAUAAGCAGCAAAAUGUGCUUGUGAAAAUAAAAACACAUUUUCAUUUGACGUAAGUAAUGUGGAUACAGUAUAGUGUGGAAAUGAUCUCUUUAUUUCUUGUUGCAUUAUCUUGUAGCGUUAAUCCAUAUAUUCAUAUACUGUAUCUUCUUGGUUCUUUCGGUAAAGUCACAUAGAAUGGGAAUACAAUAAUAAAAUAAAAUAAGACAACAAAAUUCUCACAACGUUUCUUUGCAGUCACGAAAGCUUUAAAUCGAAAUCAUAUUCUGUACUUGUAGUUUUGUGGUGUUUUAUUCAUGUUACACUUAUCCCAUAUAUUAUUUAAAUAAUUAAUCCUUUAACAUGCUAUUUUACCUUGGACAGCCUUACUGAGUCGCAUGACUUUUUCAGGAGGGUCGUGCCCUAUCUUCGCAACAAGGGUGAAUAAUUUGCGUACAUUUUGAGAUUGUGACUAUAUCGACUAAAUAUAAAUGUGUCGUUUAAUGUACAUUGUGAUGACAUCACCAUUACUCUAACCCAAAAACACCAUUGUUAUGGAUAAUAUUCGUCGCGAAAGCCUACGUGUUAGACCAUUAAGCUGACACACAAUAGCCUACUCUUGUGAAUUACAUCACUAAAUUUUUAACAUCCACUGUGAAGCAGACGACAUGUAGUAUGGUAUAUAUUUAUGGCUUAUAUGCCUACAGUAUUAAUCAGGGAGGCCACUGGAUUCAAACUGUAAAACCGCCACAACAAGCGGUGACUGGGCCAUCUCACCGCCCACGUUAGUGUCUUAUGUUAAUGCAGAAUAUUUCCUUCAUUCUGUGAUCUCAAUGUAUGUAUUAUGUUGGACUUCUUUCGCACCGUACGAAGCCAAUCGUGCUAAUCUGAGGUGUGGGGGAAGGUCAACAGUUAGGACAUAUGUCAACUUGGAUCUGUUGUACCAUGUUUUGGACCUUGUUGCAAUAUUUUAAUAUACCAUUUGUUAAAUGUUUCUGGAAAAUUACAAAAUAAAAUGCCUUAAAUGUUUCCCCUCUGCAUUUCCUGUGUGCUAAAUAAAUUAUUACGAAAUAAUUAUAACAAGAAUACAAAUUAUUUUUCCUGGUCUUGGUGUUUUUAUCCAUCUUAUUAAUUUU